AUGAGCCCCCGUAAAGUCACUAUCAUCGGUUCCGGGAAUUGGUGAGUUUUUGACGAACCUUGUUAGAUUCAUUCUCAAUUGCAUAUUUAGGGGCUCGGCGAUCGCCAGAAUCGUCGGACAAACGGUGAAAUCAUUUCCUGAUGAUUUCGAUUCAGAAGUUCGCAUGUGGGUGAGUGGAAGUUCUUGCUUCUGAAAUUCCAAUUAUCACAAUGGUAUUUUGAGGUUUUCGAAGAGACGGUGAAUGGUGAAAAACUGUCAGAAAUUAUCAAUACUCGCCAUGAAAACGUUAAAUACUUGCCGGGAAAAACUUUGCCGACCAACGUGGUUUGUUUUUUCUUUCUCUAAUCCUUUUUUCAAACUAUGAAAUCGAAAAAAUAAUUAUUUUCUGAAUGAAUUCAAUUUUGAAGGUUGCGGUGACGGACCUCGUUCAAUCUUGUACCGGAUCACAGGUUCUCAUCUUUGUUGUUCCUCAUCAGUUUGUGAAAGGUUGAUUUUGACCCAUAAAUCUUCAUUCGUCGUUCAAUGUUUCAGGAAUUUGCAACCAACUCGUCGGAAAGAUUCCUGAAAACACACAGGCCAUUUCUCUUAUUAAGGUUUCUAUAUUUUUUUUUAAUCGACUUUCAAAUAAUCUCGUUCGAGCCUUCAAUUGCUUUUCAGGGCAUUACAACACAUAACCAGGUUGCUUCGUUUGUUCCGUUUUCUUUCGUUUAUGAUUCUUUUCCCAACAGCUUGUUUUUGCUUUUCAUCCAAUUCGCUUUUCUUUAUAGUUCCUAAAAUGCCAUCCCCAGCUAAUCCACACCAUACCACCCCUUUUGGUACAAUAAUCUGCGAGAAACGGCUUUUUUAUUAAUACGAAUUUGAAGAGAAAAAAGUUACUCACAUUUUCCGCAGUUCCUUUUUGUCCUUAAUCACACCAUUUGACAUAUUGCCGUAGUUUUGCAUGUUCAAUUUCAUUUUUCAGGGAGUCUCGACGGAGAAGAAAGGCGGCCUGAAGUUGAUUUCUGAGGAAAUUCGCGACAUUUUGAAAAUUGAUGUCAGCGUCCUCAUGGGAGCGAACCUUGCCCCAGAGGUGGCCAACGACAACUUUUGCGAAGCUACGAUAGGUUUGGUUUUUUUGUUUCAUUUUGAUUCGAGUUAUUUUUCGGAAGGCUGAUUCAUAUAAAUCGCGUGGGUUAGUGAAAUUCGAAAAAAAAAAAGAAAAUUUGCGGAUAUUAUCCUGUGAAGCGAAGUUUCAACAGCUUUUCAAACUGAUUUGCUUCUGAGAAAAUAGCUCUCAUUCAAUAGGAAAUUUCAACGGAGAUAGACGUAAAGAAGGGCAAUUUUUUCGACCAAAAAAAUUAAGGAUGCAAGAGGAAAGCGCAAGACGGGAUGAUGCUGAAACGGCUGUUCCACACCGACAAUUUCCGAAUCAACGUGGUCGAAGACGCGCACACUGUGGAACUUUGCGGAGCUUUGAAAAACGUGGUGGCUUGUGCCGCCGGCUUCACUGACGGCCUUGGAUUUGGCGAUAACACCAAAGCCGCGGUUAUUCGGCUCGGGUUGAUGGAAACCACGAAGGUUCGUUGAGUAAUUGGAAUAUCUACUAUUCAAAUCGUCUGAAUUAAGUGAUAAAUAUGCGCUAAACUACGAAAACCACUUUUCAGAAUCUAUUAUUUCUUCCCUAAAAAAUUUAGUUCUAAGAGUUUCAUUUAAAAAUCACUUUGUAUUUAAAAUCUAAUCUUGCCUAAUGAUUGAAAAACAACACUCAUUCCAACUUUGUUUAAUAAAUUAUCCAAAUAAGAGGUCUACCAACUCAUUCAAGAUACCGAGCCAUCUCUAGGAAAUGACCGCACAAAAGUACCAAUAGACAAUAAUUUGAUUUUCUAAUCAUUCUAACGUAGAAAAAUUGGAAAAAAAUUUUUAAACUGAAGUUAUUUUGCAGUUCGUUGAACACUACUACCCCGGAUCGAAUCUGCAAACCUUCUUCGAGUCCUGCGGCAUCGCCGAUCUCAUCACAACGUGCUAUGGCGGCCGUAACCGGAAGGUCUGCGAGGCGUUCGUCAAGACGGGCAAGUCGCUGGCCGAGGUCGAGAAGGAGAUGUUGAAUGGCCAGAGCGCGCAAGGUCCCCUCACAGCCGAAGAAGUUUACCUCAUGCUCGAGAAGACCAAUCUGACGGCUAAGUAAGUUGUACUUAAGAAAAAAUGUUCUUUUGUGCCUUCUUAUCAAAGCAAAAGAUUACGGCAAUCAAUCUGAUUUCGCUUUGAGGUUCCCGCUGUUCACGGCCGUUCACAAAAUCUGCCAAGGACAAAUGAAGGCCCCCGAGCUUAUCGAUUGCCUGCGGAACCAUCCCGAACACAUGCAGUUCUAA